AUGAAAGGAAACAAGGAUUUUGUAUAUGGUGUAGAAUUGGAAGCUUUUGAAGAAGAGAACUUGUCAUUUUGGUUUACAAUAAAUAUAAUAGAUUACAUCAAAACUGGUGAAUUCGAAGCCAAUGGGGAUGAUCAUAAAUUGCUUUAUCUCUUUUGUCAUUUUUUUUAUAAGAAAGGUUUUAAAAAUCAAUAUCAGGAUAAUGUUAUUGAAAGUGCCUUUAAUAAUUGCAUAAUGAAAUUAAAGAACAGAGAUAAUGAUUAUAAAGAAGCCCAAUUUAUUGAAGAUAUCAGCAAAAAAGAUUUAUUGCAAAUAGCAGUGAUAGAAAGACAAGUCCAACAACAACAACAUUGA